AUGGAAGGAAUUGGCGUAGCGGCUAAUCUGAUCGCCGUUGUCGACUUAACGGCGAAGACAGCCGCGCAGUGUUAUGAUUACGGCAAGAAGGCCUAUCGCGCCAAAGCCGACAUUGACAGAGUGCAGAAAGAAAUAAUCGCUCUCGCGGGCAUCGCGAAGAAUGUUCAGGGCCUUCUAAGCGGUCUAAAUGGCGACACACUAGCAACAUCCAACCAGCUCCAGACCGCGAUUGGAGACGCUCUGGAUCAACUCAGGAAGGUAGACGAAAAGAUGGCUCUCAAAAAAGGCCAGAAGACAAUGAGUAGACUUGGACUACGAGCUCUCAAAUGGCCGCUUGAAAAAAGUGAAAUUGAAGGGAUAGUUGGAGAUCUGCGAAACUGUGGCCAGAAUAUAAAUUCUGCUUUGCAAGUAGACCAAACUGUUGAGAUCUUGAAAACCAGAUCCGGCGUACGCCGUACGCAACAGAUGGUCAAUGAGCUUGAUCAAAAUAUCGUGUUGACCCAACUGCCUGUUGCUGAGGGAGCGUGCUUUGGUUCUCACACAGAAGACCACGAGCUGACAUGCUUACCAAACACCCGGGUCGAUCUACUGCGGCAAAUACAAGACUGGGUGAAGGAUCUUGAUGGACCGCGCGUGUUUUGGCUCAAUGGCAUGGCUGGCACAGGUAAAUCUACCAUAUCGCGGACUGUUGCGCAGCACCUUGAUGACAACAAGAUGCUCGGAGCAAGCUUCUUCUUCAAGACCGGCGAGGCUGAACGCAGCACCUUGUCAAAAUUCUUCUCUACCAUUGCCGCUGAUAUGGUCAUCAAAAUUCCAGAGUUUGGUACAGCUCUUAAGCAGGCCUUGGACAAGGAUGCUGAUUUUCGUAAGAGGGCGCCAGGACAGCAACUUAAAAAUCUUGUCAUAGAGCCACUCAUGAGGUCGCAAAAGCACCGAACUGACCAUCCGAUCGUAUUGAUUGUCGACGCUCUCGACGAGUGUGAACGUUAUCAAGACAUUGAUUUGCUCAUCAACUUAUUUACGGAUUCCAGCCUCAUGACAGUGCCACAUUUGAAGAUUUUCAUCACAAGCCGGCCUGAAAUACCGAAUCGUCGGGCAUUUGGGAAAGCGACGGCCGGAUCCUACCAUCCAGUGAUCCUUCAUGAACUCCUUGAGCCCGUGAUUGAGCAUGACAUCUCCGUCUUUCUAGACUAUCGGCUGGACAUGAUCAGGACAGACUGGAAUUGCCUAAUCACUUCUGAUUAUCGUCGCCUGCCGUCUGACUGGCCCGGACAGGACAGAAGGCGACAGCUUGUACAGAUGGCUGUGCCUCUUUUCAUCUUCGCUAUGACUAUGUGUCGCUUUAUUGCGGAUAUUAAGUUUGGAAGCCCCGAAGAUCAAAUCCAGGACGUUCUUGCAUACGGAGAAACGGGAGCCAAAUCCCGGCUCGACUCUACAUACCUCCCCAUCCUGAGCAAAUUGUUGCUUGGAAUGGAUGGCGAUGAUAAAAGAAAAGUCAUACAGAAGUUUAAAUCGAUUGUGGGCCCUAUUGUUAUGCUGGAAACGCCACUAUCCACAGAAUCGCUCAGCCGACUCCUUCAAGUUCCAAAAGCUUACAUUGACGAUCAUCUUGUGAUGCUCCACUCAGUCCUUAGUAUUCCAACCUCAUCUGAUUUGCUAGUAAGAAUGCUACAUUUAUCCUUUAGGGAUUUCUUGACAGAUAGGAAGAACAAGGAAGCGACUGAUUUCUGGAUUGAUGAGAAGGCAACUCAUGCUGAUAUAGCAUCAAGGGCCUUGGCAUUGCUAGAUGUGGAGCUCAGACAAAACAUGUGCAACCUCCCAAGUUGGGCGACAGAGCGCUCCUCGAUCAAAGCUGGGACGAUAAAUGCUUUUCUUCCUCCUGAGGUUCAAUAUUCGUGCUCUUACUGGGUGCGUCACCUUCAUCAUGCAGGCGAUAUGCUGGUUGAUGGUGGCUUGGUUCACAAAUUUUUCGAAACCCAUUUUCUCCACUGGCUGGAAUGCCUUGGUCUUUUGGGGGAUACCUACGGUUGUAUCAGUCAUAUCAAGACUCUCCAAAUGCUGGUUGAUCCGCGAGAUGGCAAGGAACUGUCCCUAAUGCUUGAUGACGCGGUCUCCUUUGUUCUUGCCAACGCACUAGUCAUUGACACCACACCCCUUCAGUUGUACUCAUCCUUGCUUAUAUUCGCACCCAUGAAGAGCUACCUCCGGACCGUGUACAAGAAGUUCGUAUCAUCCUCUCAUGACUCAAAACUGGUGGUUUCAACCGUUUCUAUCGAUUAUUCUGUUAGGAUCUGGGACGUGGACACAGGCCAAUGCAUAUGGAUACUUGAGGGCCAUAAAUGCGAAGCCGUCAUAACUGUCUUCUCGGAUGACUCAACUCGUGUGUUAUCAGCUUCAGAUGAUAGGUCAAUCCGCGUGUGGAGUGUUAGCACCGGAGAAUGCAUCAGCAUAUUCGAAGAUUAUACUAAGGGGGCAAUCCAUGGUUUCGGUUUCUUCACCCCGACAUUCUUUGCAUCACGUUUACGUCUCGGCCCUGACGAGUUGUUGAAAGCAGCGACCACUGAAACCGGCCGUGAGUUCGAGCUCAAAAGUGAUAAAGUCUAUUGGGUCGCCUUCUCGCCUAAUGCCAAGUUCGCCGUAUCGGAAGAUUAUGGCAGCGGACAGGUGCGGCUCUGGAACCUAGAGGCUGGAGGCAAGGCAAGGCUCAUGAUCGAUCCUCACUUUCCUAACUUUAAAUGGUACAAUGGCGCCUUCUCUCAAGACUCGGCGUUUCUCGCCUAUCCUAUUCCCAACGAUGGAAAAAUCAGGAUAUUCCAGACCAACAGUGGAGAUCAAAUUGACCAUUUGGCCUUUUCCUAUGACUCGUCUCUGGUGGCCUCGUCAUCCCGUGAUGGUACGGUGCGAAUCUGGCGAAUUGAUACCUCACAUGGCCAUCGCAUUUCCAACCAGACUGAGAGUCGUUCUACGGUGACAUUUGCGAGAUUUUCACCUGACGUAGCUCUCAUUGCGACCUCAGACCUCUCAAGCUCGAGGAUCUGGGAUGCGAUGACUGGCGAGUGCAAAAAGAUUCUCACACCUCGCUUGAGAGCGGUGUCAAAGGACUGGUCGCUCAUCUUAGCAGGCCCUUCGAAAGAUUCACCUGAAUCUCUCCAAGUUAUGCGCCUUGAUACCGGCGCGCUUGUGCAAACGUUCCACGGAAUCCACAGCCCCCACCAUGGCGACUUUUCUCCCGACUCACGCUUGGUGAUUAUACACAUGCUCAACAAGUCUAAAAGAGAUGAAAAAGAAAUUGAAUUUAUAACUGGAGUAUGGCUUGUCGAAACGGGCCAAUGUCUGAAAGUCCUCGAAGCUGAGUCCGGGUUCAUGGAAGCAAACUUCUCUACUAACGGACGAUUCGUCGCCACAUCUACUGAUCAUGGUGUCAGUCUCUGGAACACUAGUGAUUGGUGCUGUACCCGAAAUUGGAGAGAUGAAGAACAGUUGUCGCCAUCAGGAAUGGCAUUUUCACCGGACUCAACGUUUCUAGCGUCUAGCCGAGGCGGCAUGCUGAAGGUUUGGCAUUGCGACUCCGGCAAAUGCCUUCUUGAGUCAAACCACGGAGAAGAUAGCAGGGGCUGGUCAUUCUCAAGUGACUCCAAGUUCGUUGCGAUAAGCUUAUCACUAAGGCAUCAAUACAUGAAUCAAAUUCAACUAUGGCGCGUGGAGACAGGCCAACAGCUGUAUACAUGUAACAUUGAGUCGGGGCCUCCUGUUAACCUAGGUAUAAGUAUUCGUUUUACGCCCAAUGAUUCAGGCCUCGAGACUGGCCGUGGGGUCAUCGCCUUUUCGAAUUUCCCUCCUAGUCCGUUGAACAAUGCUUCUGUAUCAUCCAGAUUCGCUGGCUACGGGCUUAGCUCCGACGGAGCCUGGAUCACGUGGGAUGGGCAUAGGUUAAUUCGAAUCCCAUCACAGUAUCGACCGUGGCGCUCAGCUGUGCACCUGGACAAAGUGGUGCUCGGGAGUGAAUCUGGUCGAGUCUCCAUCCUCCGGUUUGCCUCUCCGCCGCCAGCAACGGUACAUGUAUCUAAGACUCUUAGUAGUAAGUGA